CUUCGUAAAACCCGCUACGUGAUUCUCGUACCCUUCGUCCAAAAACAAAGGCACCUUUCCUCGCAAACAAAAUGGCGACUCCACGGCGCCUGCAAGAAUGGUUCCCCUGGACGGCGUCGCCCAUCGUCUGCAACGGGCCCAUGUUCGGCGCGGCCAGCCCGGCGCUGGCGACCGAGGUGACGAAAGCAGGCGGCAUAGGUUUCCUCGCGUCCGUGUUUGACCUGAGCCCGAACUCGCCGCAGCUGGACAAGCUGGAUGCGGAGCUGCGCGAGGCCCGGACCCUGCUCGGCGACGACAACGACGAUGGCGGCGACCUGCUGGGCGUCGGCGUGAGCGUCAUCACCGGGCACGGCUCCGUGUCGCACUUUGCGUCGACCACGCUGCCCAUCCUCGCCAGGCACCGGCCCGCGGCGGUGUGGCUGUUCGCGCCCGCCGAGCACGUGAAGCCGCACGGCGCCAUCAUCGCGGCGGUCCGGCGGGAGCUCGGCGACCCGGGGCACGGCGGCCCGCGCGUCUUCGUGCAGGUGGGCAACGUGGCGGCGGCGCGGGAGGCGGUGCGAGAUGGGGCCGACGUGCUGGUGUGCCAGGGCGUGGACGCGGGCGGGCACCAGUUCACGCGGGGCGCGGGCGUCGUGAGCCUCGUGCCCGAGGUGCGGCGGAUGCUGGCUGAGGAAGAGGAGGAGGAGGCUGGUGGGCUCCCGGGCCGUGGCGGCGUGGCCAUUCUGGCGGCCGGGGGCAUCGCCGACGAGACGGGCGUGGCGGCCGCGAUGGCGCUCGGGGCAGAGGGUGUCGUGAUGGGCACAAGGUUCACCGUCGCCAAAGAGUCCAUCUACCCAGACUUUCGCAAGAAGAUUGUCCUCGAGACGUCCGACGGCGGAGCGACGACCCUCAAGUCGACGUUCAACGACCGCAUCAACGACAGCCCGCUUUGGCGCCCGCCGUACGACGGCCGCGCUAUCGUGACGGCCAUCCACGAGAGGUUCCUGGCGGGCGCCUCGCUCGAGGACUGCCAGAGGAGCCUCAAGGAGGACUACGCGGCCGAGGACUCGGCGAAGCUCAUCGGCACGUGGGCCGGGACUGGCGUUGGGCUGGUCAGGACGGCGCAAGCGGCCGGUGAUAUCGUCAGGGAGGUGCGCGAAGGGGCCAAGGAGCAGAUCCGCCGCCUGGCUGCUUCCCUGUAGGCAGGCACUCGACACAUGGUUUUUCCUUGUCAGAUACGAGUUGCAGCAUGAUGAGUCGUGCAUUCUCUGUCCCCAAUGCAUUCCUUUAUUCAAGAGCACGGCCUUUACGGACGGCAUGUAUAUGGCAGUGGUGUAUGUUACAGUGAUAUCGUGAACCAUAUCCCUCC